AUGUAUGUUUUCGAAACUCUGUCCCAUCUAGAGGAAGACCACUUGUCUACAUAUUACAACAUAACGAACUACAAACUCUCGCUGAUAUCCGAUUGGUCAGCCUGCAGCAACGAAACCAGUGACGUUAUUUCGCUGCUGCGCACUUCCCGCUAUACUCUGAUCAAUGGCGCGAACAGAACGCACGAGGAGACGGAUGAGUUCAUGAGAUUUUACAACGACUUAAUCCUGAAGCUCUUGACAGCUAUAGCCUACACAAUUAAAAGUUUGAACAGCAAUGACCUGUGGAAUCUUUUGCUGGCUUACACACAAAUCAUUCUCGCCCAGGAGAAUACUGGCAUAACGAUCCAGCCUGGAAUCGAGUUCGUUUUGGCUGGCGAGACACACGAGGAAGAUCUGAACGAGUAUUUAGCCAACACAGUCCUUCGAGAUGAACACUUGAAUAACGCCCUCCUCUAUGCCACAUCCAGUACUGAAAUGUAUAAAAAUUUGCUCGACAAAGAAACCAAUGUCACCGCCAAAAUGCGGGAAUAUAAUGCUAUUAUCCUGGGAAACGAUUUUGCUAAUUUUCCAAUAGACGUCAACACUUACUACGAAAUUAUGCUGGAGUAUCUCUCCCUGUUAAGUGAUGUAAAAUCGAACCUCAAAAAGGACAUAUUUUCAGCAAUAUCCAACAGAAUGAAUAAAGCAAACGGCUCGGUAUUGACGGCUGUGGUAAUUUUCAGCCUUAUCGCCAUCAUGUCAACUAUUCUAUUUUUUUUAGUCAAAAAUCUUACGACUGAUCUUCAGGGUUACGCCCAGCACGCGGCUCAAAAAUCAUUUGAACUGGAAAAGGAAAAAUACAAAUCGGAUCAGCUCUUGUUUCAGAUGCUGCCAAAACAGGUGGCAUUGCAACUGAAAAGAAACGAACCCGUGAACGCUGAAUUCUUCGAAAGCGUUUCAAUUUACUUCAGCGAUAUCAUGGGUUUCACCCACAUUUCGGCUCAGAGCUCUCCCAUGGAGGUCGUGGAGUUCCUCAAUAGCCUAUAUCAGUUCUUCGACGACUACAUAGACCUGUACGACGUGUACAAGGUGGAAACAAUCGGAGAUGCAUACAUGGUGGCCAGUGGCUUGCCCCAACGCAACGGAAGUCGGCACGCGGUAGAGAUCGGCAUUUUGUCCUUAGGAUUACUAAAGGGGAUUGCCGCUUACAGAAUACCACACAUGGUCCACCAAAAACUACAGCUUCGUAUCGGUAUUCACACAGGCCCGUGUGUUGCCGGAGUGGUGGGAAACAAAAUGCUCGCUACUGUUUGUUUGGGGACACUGUCAACACCGCGUCGAGAAUGGAGUCCCAGCGGAGAACGAUCCCCGGCGUGUUUCAUAGCAGCGUCCAAUAACGGUUAA